UGAAUCAUAUAAUUGCUGAACAUAGGAAGGAAGGGUAAGGGGGCACCUUACUUGAGCCGAAAAUUGCCAUUGCCUACUUCCAAGCAUUGCAACCUGGGACAGGAAUUCCUGCAGAUCAGAAAUAGGCAUCUGGGGGAUUCUGCCACAAACCACUGAAGGGAGGGUGAGUCAAUAUAUGAGUAGCUGUAACAAUAAAGUCAAACCCUUUAUCUUCCUGACUAAGUGUGGAGAAACCACAGUAUUGCUAUGGGGGAAUGCAGAUUAAACAUGUCCUGAAAAACUCAUGCUGAUUUUCAAAGAUGUAAGGUGCUAUAACAUUUCAAAAUCUAUAUUUUUGCAUAUAAAUUGAUUUUGUUAUUGAAGGGAAGUUCAGUCAUUGUAGAUAUACAUAAACAUGACAUAACUUCAUUUGUCGUGUGCAUGAGAGAAUACAGUUAUAUUCAUGAAUGCAGGUAUAUCACAUACCAUGAUUCUCUUUGGGAUUUAUAGGAUUGAUUCCCCAGAAAUGAAAACAUCAUUGGCAAAUUGUGUGGGUUAAUGUACUUAAACAAUUGUUUUUUCAGGUGUUUCAUAAGAGUUUUAGGAUGUCUUAAAUAUUUUUUUCCCAUAAAGGGGAAUGAAGGUAGCAAAAAAAAAAGCAGCAAAAUGUAACAAAUAAGGAAAAAAAUAGAGAAACUGAAAUAGUACCAUUAGUUAGGAGGAACAAUGUAGGUCACAGAGAAUAUAUCCAUAAAUAUCUGUGGCCAGUUAAAAGAAUUAGUACAGUUUUUAAUAGUGUCAGGAACACAGUAAUUGGUAGCAAUUUUGUAGUUUCAAUUGAAAUGGCAAAGUAUCUGUCAUAAUGCAGAGGAGGCAGAAAGACUGAGCUAAUGGUCCUGUUUUGUCUUUGUGUGCUGCAUUCUUCCCUUGCCAUAGUAAUGAAAUUUCAUUUCUGUUAUUGGUACUGAAAGAAUUUUCAGUGGAAGCUAUCUGAUAUCUUGGAGUGGGCUCACUUUACCCAGGUGAUCUGAAAGAUUUUGCUGAGGCAAAACCUGGUUGGCUGGAGAUGUUUCUCAGGUCUUGGGGGGAACUACCUUUGGAACAAAGCUUAAGAAGAGCAAGUUUAGAAAUGUGAGGUAGUUUAGUCUUUGUGCCAGCAGCACAGGCAACAGAAAGACUUACAGUGCUGUAUGAGUGGUGAGUAAAUGGAGCAUAAUCAGUAAUCCCUCCUGUUUCAUGGAAAACAGACUCAAACUGUUUAAAAACAAGCAGGAUCUGAAUUGGUGUUCUUGUACAUUUAUGCAGUGGUUUGCCUUCCUCCUACCAGAUUCUCCCUAUGCUUUCUGCCCUUUGACCCCAGUAUGACAUUUGCUGAUAUCUGUAUUUAUCACGUGAGAUUUCCCUGCCUCUGGACAAUGUUGGGAGCUGCUCCAGAGUAGCAAGGAGUGCUGGUGGGUUCCCAGCUGCAGCCUGCCUUGGGGAUGGGUCCUGUGGGGAACUCCACUCUUGUCUGUUUUCUUUUGCUCUCUAAACCAUCAGAAUAAAUCCUUCAGGUCCAUAUUUUGAGAUUAUGGUAAAAAUUUUCAAAUGCAUGGAUGAGAGUCAUGUAUUGAAGUGCUAUUCAUUUUAUUAAGGACUGAGCUAUGAAGCUGAAGUUUAUGUUGCUCUUCUCUUUAAAAUGAAAAAUCCUGGUUGGUAGAAUACAUAGAGUAUGAAUACUGUUGCAAUUUAACAAAGGAACUCCUUGUGUACUGCCAACUAUGUUUCGAGCUUUUUAGCAAUGAUUAUUAAAAAAUGCUUUUGGAAGAAAACAAAGCAGAAAUCAUGGAAACUGUAGGCAGCUAGCAUUGUAGGGCUGUAAUUGUAAAGCAAAGGUUUGGAAGGGGGGGUGCAAAAUUCAAAUCCUGAAAUAAAAGUUUGGGCAUUUUUUCCUUAUGUUGUGAAGGUUUGCCUAUGUGAACUUGGUUUAAAGGACUUUUUACAGAGUCACAUUAAACUUUAAUAAACAGACUGUUAACAGGUCAUGAUUUAAGGUCAAAACAAACCUCAUAAAAUCAAGAUGAGGUGUAAAAACUGAAUUAUGUAUUGUCCUAUAAAUGAUAUCCUAUAACCAGAUCCACAUACAUAAGUUGUACAUCAUGAUAUUGAUGCAAAAAUAUUUUUUUUUCCUCUAGUAACUUGUGAGUAGCAACUAUGAGGAAUAAUAGAUUUUCGCUUUGUUGUUCGUUAAACACAGCUGAAGAUCAAAGUUUCUCAUUAUGAAACAGUAUGAUAAAAGUACACAUUCUUUUUAGACAGAAAUACUCUUCUGGAUGAGGACUUUAUUAUGCACAAGAUGCAGCUUUUUUAUUUAUUUAAAGCCAUAUUUUCAAUAUGCAAGUGAGAUUUAAAAGAAUAUACCUUUUGACUCCUGAAUUUGACUUGAAAAUGACAUUUCUUCACAGAGAAGAAAUCCAUGGUUGGUACUGCAUGCAGUGGUUCCUGAAGUUUAAACUGUAUGUGAAAUAAAGUGGGGAAAAAAUACCAUUUCUCUUUUCAGCUCCCUUCUUUCAUUUCUGUGUUAGUUUAGCCUUUUCCCCAUGGUGCCCAGGACUUGGUUUAAUGACCAUGUAGUUACAAUGCAUCUGUCCAUGGUGAAAGAAAAAGCAGUGUCUGUGUUCAGUAACAAUAGACAACAGUAUGGGGUUUGUUUCUUAAAAUGAUCAGCCAUGAAAUACAAGAAGGUGUAAAGAACUCUUAUUUUAAUUCUACAGUAGCUGCCUGUAGGUUAAAUCUAAGAUGACAGAUUUAUUUGCUGAAAUCCAGAACCGACACAGUAACCCCUUUUGUUGUCUAUGUUGCGAAUAGGGAUCUAUUUGCUCUCCACAGCCCUAGCAAUAUUCAUACUUAGAAGCAAUAGCACAUAAGUAUUAAAUUUAAAGCAUGGUGAGCCAAAGAUAUAAUUGCCAUCCUCUGUUUAUUAUGAAAUUUGUUUCCCAAUUACUUAAGGCAUUUUUCUUGUUUAAACAAUUUCCAUGAUCUCGGCACACUGUGCUUAUUGCCUCAACAUUGCUAUGUGUGGACCUGAUUGAGGGAAGAACUCAAUGAAGAGCCAGAUGUUGGGCACUAAUUCAACAUGAAAUCACCAGCAUUGUCAUAAAAUAUAUGAUCCUUAAACUUUCCAAACCUUCAGAUUUGCAUUUGCACUGUGAAAAAAGGUAGGUGUAAAACUCAGUGUCAAAUGCUAAGUGCAAAAUUUAAAAAAUAGCUGGAACCUCUGUUAUGCAAGAUUUUUUUUCAGUUACAGCAGAGCAAAUUUCAGUAAUAAUGUAAUGUAUUCAUGUAGCUACCUAUUUCAGUGGGAGUUAAGCAGAUAUUAAUAAUAUGCUUUUGAAAAUCCCAUGGACUCAUUUUGUACUUUUACUACUUAGUAAAUUAAAUACUUUUGAAGAAAUUGGCCCUGAGCUCCUGAAUGAGAAAAUAUUUCCCAUUACUUAAUUUUCCUUCGGAGCAGUCUUGAAAUGUUCAAAAUUCUUGGCUGAAUAGCUUUGAUGUUGCUGAACCAAAGUCUGAAGAAAGUCUGCUUUUUCCAUUUGUUGUCGUCUUAGAAGCAGGUUCCCUUUAGAAACCUUUCUGAACCUUCAAAUAUUUAUAGUAAGGGGCUCUGGUUGAGACAAAGUAAGAGAAUGGUCUAAAUCCUUAAGAGCAUGCAGUAAAACAUAGUCUUUUUUUAGACUGACUAAAUUAGUAGAGGAAGAAUGAGACAUCACGACACAUGUGAGGCACUACAAGUACCAGGCUUAUGUAUCUGAGAUGACUGAGCUACUGUGGAAGUCACAAGAUUGAAUCCAAUCAAUAUGAACAGUUAAAAAUGAGCUGAACUUCACUGUUCUGGAGGUCUUUCUGGACUGUUUCAGACACAAGCAUAUAAACCCAUAGGCAUUUAUAUAUAUCUGAGCAUGUGUGUUUGUAGCUCCUUCCUGGGAGCGGAAGGCAGACAGAAAGGGAAUGGGAAGAGGAAUGGGAGUUCAUUGAAAGUUUCCUUUCCUUGCCCUGAGCUGCGCCACCUCCGGGGACUGAGGGGUUAGAAGUGGAGCAGUGAAGGGAGUAGGAGCACGUUGUUUAAGCUCUCCACUGAAGAGUUCAUGAUGUAAAACACUCACCUCUCCCCUACCUCAGUGUGUGUAGGCUCUAGAGCCCUACAGCUGGAGUUAUAAUGUUCUUGCUUUCUCCAUCUCUGUGUAGCUACGAUGGCUGUUUUGGAGAGAUGAUGCUUUCAAACGUACUCCUGCAGGGAUAUCCGAGGGGCAGCUGGACAGAGGUCCCAGGAAAUGCAAGUGUGCAGUCCUCCGUGUGCCUGUGUAAAGCAGGGGCUUUCCAUGCUGUGCUGGCUCCUUCACUAUUUGUGUGCUCUGAAGAUUGACAGGUGUAUGUACUAUGUGUCUUAAAAAGAGCAUUUAUUCUGGACAGCUUUUCCUACUACUUCUCUAUCCUUCAUGUCCAGCUUGUUUCUUUCUCUCCCCCUUCUACUGUAUUUCUCUAAUUUUAAAAAUAAGGCCAUUAAGAUAAAUUGCCAUUUACUGUUUACUGUCCCUUGCAAAUAGAUUCCCCCCCCCAACAAAUUUACAGAUCACCUUCAGAAGACCUAGUUUUACUACAAGAUUUGUCAAUAAUACAUCAUUUACUAGUACAUCACUAAUUUUUCUAGUUAGAAAAAUUCUAAAUAGAUUUUAAAAAUAGACUCUAAAAUAUUAGAUAUGCAUCUAUGUUUUUUAUUUCUUAAAUAAUAAUCUGCUAAAGAACCUGGACUAAAAUGUCAGAUCCCUUUCUGUAUAAGGGAAGCUGCUAUGCUGGCCCGUUUUGCCUCACCUUUAAUUAAACUGGAAGAGGGAGGUUGCUUCAUUGUCAGUUGCUUUGUAGGGUGCAGUCUCCCUUAGUAACUCCCACUUGUGUCAUUAUUGUAGGUAUGGACUGGAUAAGACAGAUGUGGUUGGGAUUUGCUAUGCCAGAGGACUCUAGUUUCUAGUUUCUGGGGGUUUUUUUGAUGUGUGAUGUAGAUUGGGGAAUCCUUCAGGUGACUGAUUUGAUCCUGGAUUGGGAAGCCCUGAAGAGGCUUCAAGCUGGUUGUACCUUACCUCUGGAUAUCAUUCUGAACCAAAGUCUAGCUGAAGUGUCUUUGCUGGGCUUUGUGCCAAGUAAGGCAGGCCUAAGCUUAGGGGUGUGACAGAGGUCCACACUGCAGUGAGGUGCAGUUCCAGUUCCAGAAUGUUUCAGUGCGUCGUUCACGAUGAUAGAAUCACACCUGUUAAAUUUUUGCAGGAUCAAGCCUUAGAUCUGUGUUAAGGGGUCAGAAAUGUGGACAGCAGUUGUGAAUUUUAAAAUAGAUUUAAUUGCAUCUUCUUAUGUUUCGUUGUUGGUCUCUGAAAUCUUUCCAGUGGCUUUUAGGGCUCCUCCUAAAUUCAGAUAUGAUAAGAUACUGCUGGAUUUCAAAGUUUAACUUUACCCAAAACCAUUUCAGUGUUUUCUACCUGCCUCUCUUGUUUAAUUAGAAUCCGGUGGAAGUUCACACGUUUGACAACUUUAAAGCCUGGGAAGAGUUGUCUGUGAGAUUCUAGUAUUGGAGCAUGGGUGGAGGGAUGGGGCUGUGCAACAUGUGCCUGUCCUCUGAUGUGGAAGAUGGUGCCAAACCAACUGGUGGCACUGUGGAGCUGGAGUCCCUCUGCUAUUUCAUCCAUGUCUGUAAUAUUGCUCUCCCUAUUUCCUUACAGUCUUUACAGACAAAUGGACUACAAGAAACAGCUACAGAUAAAUAGUAAACAAGGGGAAUUGUAUGGUGAAUAUCUUCAGAUGGGAACUGAAAGAUAGUGCUGAGCCAAGGGAUGAAGAAACUAAAGCCUGUUGUUUUAUGGAGACCAAACAUUUUAUAACAACCACAUCUGCCUGGAGCCCCAAGUUGGGACUGAUGACAGGGACUUGGGUAGAGGACACACCAUAGAAAGGAGAAAUUUUGGAUUCAAGUAAGAUAUGAGCUAUCUAGAAAAGCUAAAAGAAAAAGGCUAAAGUUGUCUGGAAAAGCUAAAAUAGAAUUCAGGCUUUCUGACCUAAGCUAGGGCUGCACUGUGAGUCUGAAAGGUUCUUGCUUUCUUUUAGAAGAAAAUGGGCCAUCCUAUCUCAGGACAUCCAUGCCAUGGGAUAUCAGAUGUUUUUGACUGGUAUAGUUCCACAGGCAACAGUUUGGAGGCUUAAAUUCCUAACUGUUAUCCCUGUUACACAAAUGGUAGAGGUCUCACAGCAACAACGAGCAAGGAUAUUUUAACUGGCAAUAUUGUCAGAGACAAUUUAUAGUCUAUUGUGUGGAUGCAGCUGCUGAGCAUUCAUAUCCUGCCACCAUCUUGGCAUUCCUGACUUUAUUUUUGACAAAGGAUGUUUAACCAGGAAUACCUUCGUAUCUCAGGAUAAUUUAUAUCUUGUCCAUUUGCGUCUUUUUCCUUUCCUACAGCUUUCCCUUCUUCCCAUACUCCUCACACACACAUAUCUCAGGAGGGAACACAAAAAAAAGGAAAAAAUAAAAAAAAGGGUGAGUUGGGGGUGUGUGUGAGGGGAAGUGAAGCUAAAGCCGUCAUCAAACACCAUAAAUAAAACUUGGUAACAGAAGAAAUGGUUGGUUGGCAAAUAUUUUGCAUAAAUCAAUUCUGAAACCAAGAAAACUUUUUUUUUUUACUACUGCAAUUAAAAAUCUCUUUACACAGAUAAUGGAUAAAGUGUUUUUAAGGGCCAUCCUUUCACAUCCCACUUUUAGGGUUUCCUUGGGAUGGGGCUUACUACAGAAAGGAUCCGCAGUGUGUUCUGCCAAGGCUUUGCAAGGUCUGUGAGCAGAGAGCUGGGGAGAAGGUCUUUGUACAGAUAUAUUUUACUUCAUUAAACUAUUCGUUUUACCUUUUAUCCAGGUAAGAUGUGAUCAGUUAUAAAGCUUAGCCUAGUCACAGAGCCCAUAAGUCAUGCAGUAUCACCAUACACCUUGCUCUGAGCCAACUCACCUUGCCUGUGCCUGAGCUAUCGGCACCCUACAGGUGUCAGCAUGUCAUGACAUCACUUUUCUCCCUUGCUGUAUCACACACAGACUCCUUCUUCAGCUGUGUUUCUAGUGAGUGAUACUAUUUCCUGACUAAGUGUCCACAUUAUGUUUGCCCCUCUCACAGCACAGAUUAAAAAGGACAGAGUAACAUCCCGUUGUUAGUGGAACAAUCCCAUAGCUAGUGGAAGAUAGUGGUAGAUAACUUUCCCUAAGGGAAUUUGGUGCAGUGGGGUGAGUAAAGAAACGCUGAGAGUCUUAUUUCAUCCCUGCUUUUUCCCUGGUGUACAGCACAGUCACAAAGUGUCAAGGACAUGCUGUGGAGUUGCACCUUGCACUCAAGGACUGCUGACCCUGCAGGCAUCCUGCUCCAAGGGGGAAGCUCACUCCAUGACUGCUGAGGGACUGCUGGGGUUUCAGAAUGCUGGUCAGGUAGCCCUAGGAUCUUUUGAGUGAUGUCCAGAGUACCAAGCAGUUUCAGCAGAAAGAACUGAUAUAAAUUAAAAGUAAGCAACUUGAGGCAUCUUGAAAACCAGCCACACCCUUGGGUUUAUUUUUUUAAAGCUUCCCCUGUAUUAUGUCGUGCCAGCAGGGAGGCUCAGCCUGUUGCCUAGCUCAGCACACAGAGGAAAAUUUGGUGUGGCUCUGAUUGACAGGGCCAUGGUGUUCUGUCAGGAAGGCUGUGAUUUAGAAACAAAAUGGUUUUGGGAAAUUGCAAUGGGAUAGCUUUCAGUGAACUGAAAUUGCCUUUCAAACACAGGGAUGCUCACCCUUUUCUACCCCCUUUCCUUCCAUUAUUCAUCAGCAAUUCUUGGGGGGAGACAGAGAGGUCUCCGUUAUUUUCUGGUCUAUGCUAUUUUUUCCUCUCUCCCUGUCUUUCACCACUGAAAUAUCUCAGCAAUGCCAGGAGGCUGGUAUGCCCCAGGAGGGUAAGAAUAGUCUACAAUGGCAGAGAUCACUCCUGUUGUUGUUUGUCUACUUGCAGUUGUCUGGACAGAGGAUCCACACAAGAGGUAGGAGCAAUUGGAUCUGACAAGCUAGAGCUUUUGCAAGACAAACUGUUAAAGCCUUAAGAAGAUAUAUUCCGACAUUCAAAUCUAACAGUCCUGUUCAAAUCAUCAAAAUAAUCCUUCAUCGAUACAUUGUUGUGGCUGGGUUUCUGAUUUCCAUCUUUGAUCCUUAACAAAAAUUCCUUCCUUUUUUUUUUUUUUUUCCUUCUUCCUCUUUUCCUCCCCCUCUUUCUUCCCUGUCUAGUUCUAGCCUCCUUUGGAAAUGACAAAAUUGGUAGGACAUCAAGAGCUGGGAGUGUUCUGAGCCUGUUCGAGCAUGGAGCGCUGGGACUCGCUGGGAUUUUUGAUUGUCACACUUAACUAUAAUGUGACUGUUGUAGGAAAGAUCUGGCUAAUGUUAAUAAUUCUGCUGCGAAUGGCAGUGGUAGUGUUGGCAGGCUAUCCCCUCUACCAAGAUGAGCAGGAGCGCUUUGUCUGCAACACCUUGCAACCAGGAUGCUCCAACGUUUGCUAUGACUUGUUCUCUCCCGUAUCUCACUUCAGAUUCUGGCUCAUUCAGACUGUGUCCAUCCUGCUACCUUAUGCUGCAUUCAGCAUUUAUGUUUUGCACAAGGUGGCUAUGUACCUUGUAAGAAUGCACUGUCUGGUGCAUGGAUGCAAAGGAAAUAAGAGUUUAUCAAGCCCCAAAGACAUGAAGGAGCUCUGUAGAAAUGCUGUUGACAAUAGAGUAGAGUGUGAUGAAGAGAACCUAAGUGUCCUUAAUUUUUCUGGGGCAUAUACAGUUCAUCUCUGUUUUAGGACCCUACUUGAGGCUGCCUUUGCAGCUGCGCAGUAUUUUCUUUUUGGAUUCUUUGUUCCUGAGCGCUUUUCCUGCUACCAUUCACCUUGCACAAGCACAGUUGACUGUUAUAUCUCCCGGCCCACUGAGAAAUCCAUCAUGAUGAUUUUCAUCUGGGGAGUCAGCAGCCUGUCCUUUGUGCUCAGCCUUGCAGAUCUUGUCUGUGCUCUCCGGAGAAUGACAGCAAGAAGCCAAAAGAACAAGCUGCUGGCAAACCUCUGCAUAGAGAAGGAGUGCAUUUUAAAUCUUCCCCCACUACAGCACAGAAGCUCUCCUCCACCUCAAAAUGAAGACUGCCCAGUAUCAAAUAGCUGCCAGACCAGUGAUGGCUGCUGCUCACUUCUCUCUGAUGAGGAAGAAGAGGCUGUUCUUCAUUCUGAAGCUGUCCCUCAGCAAACUGCCAGCCCUAACCUUAACAGCACCAGCAACAAAUGCUGUGUAUCAGGAGAUCUUGCUGUUAAGCAAGAUAGCACUGAAGAACCCUUGUGUGCUAGUGACCAGCAAGGAACUACAUGCAGGCAAGGGAGACCGAGAUUUCAGCAAGAUUUUGUUGAAGAGACUGCCCUGGUUUUGAGACCUCAGAUCAACUGUCCCCUUGGAGUUUCUUCCUCUGCAGUUCAGAGCAACAUUUUAGAAUUCUACCCUUCAGCUGAGCUAAAAAACCUUGAUGCACAAUCAAAUUAUAGCAAUACUAGUUGCUUGAGGUCAAAGAAGUCAGAAUGGGUAUAGAGCCCAGAGUGAACACUACCCUGUGACCUUCACAAAUCAUUGCAUCACUGAGGAGGCUUCAGGGAGUUUCAGCUGAAUCCCCUUGCUGUGGUUAUGCUGCAGCGAUACUCUACUAUGCUCCAUUGACAAAGAAGCAAAAACUUUGGAUAAGAGUUUGAAGGAUAUUACAUUAAUGAAGUGUUCUUUGGAAAAUGUAACAUUUUUAUGGUUUUCUGAGUGUGAGUGACUUUAAAAAGCUGUAGACUGUCGCUGAUGUAUCUGACCUGGUUUUCCAGGAGCAUGUGUGAACACUUGUUUACCCUAACCUAGUUUUAUUGCAAAAGAUCGAGCUUAGGAAAGACAUGACUUUUAAACAUAGUUGUAUACUGUCUACUGUCAAAAACUUAAUUUAUCUUCUCAUACUAAAUUCUCAAAGCCCACUCUAAGAAAGGAUUUUCAAACAAAAAGACUAGACUAUGAAUAAAAUAAAAAUACUUGUUUUGUAGCAAAGUGUUGAUGUGUAAAAACAUCUUAUUUCUUGAAAGCGUCACCUCUCCUAUGUAGCAACACCAUGGCAGUACCUUUCUCUGAUGCUGAUGUCAGCUGGCAGUCUGACCAUGUCUGAGUUAUUCAACUAUAGCACCUUCCAGUACCUAGAGGGGCCCACAGGAAAGAUGGAGAGGAACUUUUCACAAGGGCUUGUAAUGAUAGGACAAGGGGGAAUGCCUUCAAACUGAAGUAGGGUAUAUUUAGAUUAUGUAUAAGGAAGAAACUCUUUACUGUGAGGGUGGUGAGGCGCUGGAACAGGUUGCCCAGAGAAGCUUUUGAUGGCCCUGGAAGUGUUCAAGAUCAGGUUGGAUGGAGCUCUGA